AUGCAACAGUUGAUGCACUUAUGCGCUAUACGAUGGCUUCUUGAUGGCUCAGUUCGAUUCGUCAGACUGUCACCAAAAUGUUAUGUUAAACGGAAACGGAGAAAAUUUAUCGAUCCUAUUGUGGUCGGGAAAACACCUAGUAAGAAGAAGGUUGCCGAAAUUUAUGAAGAUAUGAAAGUGGGAGAACUGGCCAAAGUGUUGGGAAGUUCUGACGAAGAAAUUUUCCAAGUGCUCAAAAAUAUAAAUAAUUCACCCAGAAUCAACAACGAAAAGCUGGAUAUGUCUACUAUCACUACCGUAGUUGGGGCUUUUGGUCUUAAACCAAAGCUGAUACCACAUCCUCGAAGUAUCGUCAGUGAACAUUUUGAAUUGGAUGCAUUUCCACAACCGCCACCUCCGGAAAAUGAAUUGAGAAGACGUGCGCCUAUAAUUACUAUCAUGGGACAUGUUGAUCAUGGAAAAACAACGCUUCUUGACUGUCUAAGACAUUCUCAAAUUGUGGAAAGCGAAUAUGGUGGCAUAACACAACAUAUCGGCGCUUUUACGCUAAAAGAGAAAGAUUGUGAGAUUACAUUUCUGGACACACCUGGACAUGCGGCAUUCGCUAAGAUGCGGGAACGUGGAGCACAUUCAACUGAUAUAGUGGUUUUAGUAGUAGCUGCGGAUGAUGGAGUAAACGAGCAAACAGUACAGUCCAUAAAUUAUGCAAAGACAGCAAACGUACCUAUUGUUGUUGCCAUUAAUAAAAUUGACAAGGCUAAUGCUAACCCUAUCAAAGCUAAACAGUCGCUUGUGGAACACGGAAUUUUGGUUGAUGACCUUGGUGGUGAUGUUUUAUGUGUUGAAAUUUCAGCUCUAAAAGGUGAAAAUGUGGAUGAACUGAAGGAAGCAAUACUACUGCAAGCUGAAGACAUGAAUUUGCGUUCAACUUGGAGUGGAUUAGUGGAAGGAAUUGUGAUUGAAUCGAAAAUCCAGAGUGGUAUUGGCAAAGUUUGUACAAUGAUUGUUCAACGUGGUACUCUCGUGAAAGGCGCAGCACUCGUAGCUGGAACAUGUUGGGCUAGGGUUCGUUCAAUGCAUGAUGAAUUUGGUCACGACUUAGUGAAGGCUAUCCCAAGUACCCCAGUAGUUGUCUCUGGCUGGCGAGAAAAUUUGCCUACUCCAGGAGAACGAGUUCUGCAACUGGAAAAUGAAUCAAGGGCUCAGGAAGUCGUUCGUUAUAGACUGAAAAAAGAAAUGAAUAAAAAAGCAGAAGAAGAUUGGAAAACAGCUGAACAGCGAAAUGAGAAAGAAAGAAAGGAAUAUUUAGAAAAUCGCCGUAAGUUAUUAGAUGCUGGUUUACGUGCUGGUUCCACAUUGCGCUUGAUCGUCCAUAAAGAGCAGAAAUAUCAAAAAGAUGUUGGAAAUCAAAAACCAUACGUAAGGUUGAUGCUAAACACUGAUGUUGAUGGAACUCUAGAAGCUAUCCUAAAUGUCUUUGACACCUACAAGUCGGAGGAAGUUGAGCUAGAUCUUGUGAAAUUUGAUGUUGGACCUCCGAGUGAGAGUGAUGUCAAGUUAGCAAAAGAUCUUGGAAUUCUGCUUUACUGUUUCAAUGUUCAAGUGCCACUUGGAGUGAAGCGUACUGCUGAACAAUUGGGUGUGGAAAUCAGUUGCUUUAAUGUUAUUUAUCGUUUGGUAGAAGAUUUAAAAAGUCGUUUAUCGAAUUGUCUUCCGGAAGAAGUAACAAUGGAACAAGUUGGCGAAGGACAUGUGAUAAAAAGUUUCUCGGUGAUUGUUGAGCGAAAAAAGCAGUCGAUUGGCGGAAUUCUGGUAGACUGGGGUACUAUCAACAAAUCGGAUUUGCUGCGGGUGCUGAGAGACACGACUGUCAUCUUUGAGGGUUCUAUACGUUCGAUGCGUGUUGGAACACAGGUAGUAAGUUCGGCAAGCAAAAACGAAGAGGUAGGCGUUGCUGUAUCGAAUGACAAGAUCGUUUUCAAAGAGGACGACAUUGUUGAAACAUAUCGAGAGAAGAAAGUGAAAAGGCAGAUUAGUUGGGACCCUCCGGGUUUUUAG